CGUUCAGUUCAAUUGUUGAUCAUUGUGUCUUGGUAUCUGUUCAUUGACACCAAAAAUUGCACGUCGAAACUGCACCAAAAUGCCUGUGCGAAAAUAUCGCCGCAGGACUAGUGAAAUAAGUUGUUGUUUAAAAUAUUUUAUAUUUAGUGUUAACGUUUUAUUUUGGUUAGCGGGAUUAUGCAUAUUGGUCGUAGGCGUUUGGGCAUGGAAUGAAAAAGAUAUGUUUCGAAAUUUAACAAAUGGCAACAAUAUUGCCCUCGAUCCGGCAUUCAUCCUAAUCUGUUGCGGUACUGUGACAUUUAUAAUCGGAUUCACAGGCUGUGUUGGUGCACUUCGUGAAAAUACUUGUCUUUUAUCCAUGUACUCAACUUUUUUGAUAAUCAUAUUACUAUUGGAAAUCUGCGCAGGCAUGGUAGUGUUUGUUCUUCGUGACAAAGGAUGGAUAAAAGAACAAGCGACCGAUGGUUUACGUGCAUUUAUUACUCACUACCGUGAGGACCCUGAUCAACAAAAUCUUAUCGACUGGAUUCAAGAAGACUGGCUACAAUGUUGUGGUAUUGAUGGUCCAAAUGACUGGGACAACAACAACUACUUCAAUUGUUCGUCCUUGGCCGUUGGCAGUAGAGAAGCUUGUGGCGUUCCAUUCUCGUGCUGCAAACGACAACCAAAUGAGAUUAUACGAAACAAACAAUGCGGCUAUGAUGUACGCAGGGAAACAAAUAGCAAUGACAUAUCGCGAACUAUUAACGAAAAAGGUUGCGUACAAGCUGGUGAAGAAUGGGUCGAACGAAAUCUCAUAAUAAUAUCAUCGACCGUUAUAUUUUCCGCAUUUAUGCAGAUAUUGGGCAUUUGUUUUGCACAGAAUUUACGUGCUGAUAUUUUUGCUCAAAAGUCAAAAUGGAGAUAAAUCACGUCACAUUAACUGCAAACAUUUUAGAAUAUAAAUCAACACUAAGAGACUCAUUUAAAAUGUAUACCGAUUAAAUCGGUGUUGUGUUUGACUGUCUUCCGGAAUUUUACACGACCAAAUUGACGGUCGAAAACCAUAUACGAAAUAACCGUGACAAUUCCAUAAUAAAUAGUAUUUACUCAGACAUUAUAUACGAUGAAAAAUGUGAAAGCACAAAUAUUUAGUCAGUAGUUAAACUCAUUUGUUUUAAGCAAUUUAAAUCAUCAUUGAAAAAAGUAUUAAAAUUGAUUUAAGCGAUUUACUUUUCGAUCCGAAAUAAAUCAUAUAGUUUAGGAGUAAGUGAAUCUGAAAACGGGAGCAAAAAUUGAUAAGUAUAAUUGAAACACUGCCCAAUUGUCGUGAUUUAAAUUGUUUUUGUUCAAAAAAAAUUACUUUUAUGUGAAUUGACCAAGAUUAUUAUAAUGAAUUGAGCACAGCGAAUACCUCG